GCCACACAGUAGACUGAAGCGCGUGUACUAGAGAGCAGAGAUGAGAGCACUGCUGCUCCCAGCAAUCCUGCUGCUGGGGGCAAUCAAUUCAGCCCUGUCUGCUGAAGAGUCCUGUGUGGGGCGAUGUUUGGAGGGUUUCAAUGCCAAAAGUAAAUGCCAAUGUGAUGAUUUAUGUAAUUACUACCAAAGUUGCUGCAUUGACUUCAGUACGGUUUGCAAGAAUAAAGACACCCGUGGAGAUGUAUUUUUUGUCCCUGAAGAUGAACAAGAGUCAGAUCUCCUGACCCAAGUAACAACACCCGUAGAAAACUUUACAGAAACCACACCUGUGAUUGAGAGGCCAACAGAAGAGACCGUGGAGGACGUUGCUGUACCUGAUGACACCCCAGAGGAGCUGUGCAGUGGCAAGCCAUUUGAUGCAUUUACAAACUUCAAAAAUGGCUCUAUGUAUGCUUUCCGAGGUAAAUACUUCUAUGAACUUGAUGAUAAUAAAGCACUAGAUGGCUACCCAAAGCUCAUCAAGGAUGUAUGGGGCAUAGAAGGACCAAUAGAUGCUGCCUUCACUCGCAUAAACUGCCAGGGGAAGACCUACAUGUUUAAGGGUACACAGUACUGGAGAUUCUCAGAUGGAGUUCUGGAUUUGGAAUAUCCUCGGGACAUUAAAGUCGGUUUCAGCAACAUACCAAGUGAUAUUGAUGCUGCUUUUACCUUGCCUGCCAAUAACUACCAAGGCCAGGAGAGAGCUUAUUUCUUUAAAGGCAGACAGUACUGGCAGUAUGAAUUCACUCACCAACCCUCCAGACAGGAGUGUCUUGGCUCAUCCCCAUCAGAGCUAUUCACACGAUAUGCAGUGUUGCAAGAUGACAGCUGGGAAGAUAUAUUCCGUCUACUAGUUGGGGAUUGGUUCACAGGUAGCAGUGCAGGACCUAGAUCUAUAUUCAGGGAUUGGAGAGGGGUACCUAAUGGAGUGGAUGCUGUACUUCCAAGCAGAAUUUAUGUACCCCAGCAGAAACAAUCUGUAUUGCGCCGGAGCAAGAGGAGAAAGAGCAAGCGAAGGAAGAGCCGUAGGAGAAGGCCCAGCAGGAUUGAUCCAUUCCAACAUGAAAUUACGGAGGACUUUUUCAGUUAUGAUGAUUAUGAAGAUGAUCCUGACUGGCUUCCCCCUGAUAGCCAGCCCAAGUGCCAACCCGUUCAGAGUGUUUUCUUCUUUAAAAAUGAUAAAUAUUAUCGUGUCAACCUCCGGACAAAGAGAGUGGACGUCACCUAUCCUCGUUACCCUCGCUCGAUUGCUGAAUACUGGCUGGGCUGUAAGACGUCUGCUACACAAAAAAAGUCAAGCAGUUAA